AUGGCUGGACUAAGUGGCAACAUCACUCUUCAACAAGGUCCUAAAAGUGACCAGCUUGGCCAUAUGGCAGCAGAUCAAGAAGUAAACACUUUAGAAGAGCCUGUUUCAGAAACAAUUGUAAUUUUUAUAUAGCUCCGUGAUUUAAAACGAAUCGCUUUCAAGCUUAAAUACGUUCUCAUCCCCAAGUCCGCUGAGCAAGAAAAAGCAAAACAGCUCCGUGACUGGGAUUUAUGGGGUCCUCUUCUCCUUUGCUUAUUAUUAGCGCUUACUUUAUCAAUUUCAAGUACAACAGGAAGCUCUCAGGAAGACACUGCAAGCUUGGUAUUCGGAAUAGUUUUCGUCGUGGUCUGGGUAGGAGCAGCAGUCGUUACAAUCAAUGCACAGCUUCUAGGAGGCACCGUGUCAUUUUUCCAAAGUGUUUGUCUGCUUGGCUACUGCAUCUUUCCUAUGAACGUGGCAUCUCUGCUCGUAAUUAUCCUAGGAUUUGUGCCAUAUAUAAAGAUACCUAUAGUCCUGGCAGGAUUUGCAUGGUCAACUCUCUCCUCAAUAGGAUUCAUGACUCAGCUUGUACCAGAAAGCAGAAAAGUGUUAGCAGAGUACCCAGUGAUCCUUUUCUACCUCUUUUUAGGCUGGUUUAUCCUGGUUAUUUAG